AAGCGAAAAUUUUUAUUAUUGACUGUUUACAUAUGACCUAAUGAUCCACUUUGAUUGCAGAUUUAAUUUGGAUCCUGAUUUAGAGUAGGUGUUUUGUCAUCAAUAAGUAACAAUAUAUUUUGAAUUGUUAGUAAAAUAGUUUGUUGGUAUAGAAUAUUAAACUGAAAACAGAGAAGGUGUUAACAUGUUUGGAGAAGGGAAAAGAAGGUAAGACAAAGAUACGGCGGCUUGAGUCAAGUAUAAAUGAAGGACAAUGACCUAAUUGCGUGCAGAACGAUCAGUGCUUCCUACCUAAACGAUCUCCAAGUCAAGUUUAAAUACAAAAAAAAAAUCUACGUUUUUCUACGCAAGCUAAAGAUUCCUUCCUUAGGAAGGCUUCAAGGAUUUAAGUUUAAUUUUCAUCUACUUCAUCUCUAAAAAUGAAGGCUUACAGUUGGAUUCCUUGGUUACUGGUGGUAGUCGCAUGUUUAUCAUCAUCAGAAGCAAGAUAUAAAAUGAGACGACCUUUAUUACCAAUUCCACCGCCUCCACCACUACCACAAAUGAUUAAAAAAUCAUGGCCAAUUACUCAUCGAGUAUCUAUGGGAAACACUAUUCACAUAAACAAUAAUUUUCCGCAUAAGAGACCAGUUUAUAUCAAACCAAAUAAUUUCAGAAUGCGAAGGCCACUACCAAAUCAGUUGAAUACUCUAUCAGCAAACUGGAAGAAUCAAAUUUCAAUGAGUCCGAUGUCAAGUUUUCCCCUUCUUCCACAGCGAGCACCGCCGCAAGAGUUCAAAGUUAUGAAAGUAGAUCCACAAUAUAGUCCUGAAUAUAAACCCGAACCUCUAUCUUUCCCAUCGACUCACAGAGGAGGAAUUGACGAUGAUAAGGGACCAAUUCAUACGAUACCUGCACCUAAUUUGAGCAUUGCUGAUAAGCCCUACAAUCCUGCAGAACAUAGUAGAGGCAACAACAAUCAGAAUGAUUAUAGAAGAUAUCCUGUAGAUUCUGAUUAUACUCCUAAUGACCAAGCAACUCAUGAAUCUCAACAAUCAGUAACAAAUCCGACACCAACUCAAAGUUCAUAUCAAGUCACAGAAGCUAAUAAUGAGGGCGGAAUAAGAGAUUAUCCAACAGUUACACCAACUUACUUCCCAUCGGAAUUUGAAUCUUCUCGAGUUCCUUCUGGUCCUCAUACUGAUUUGCAGUCUAACGAAGUCUACAUAAACCAUCCAUCUGUUUCCAGAUCUGGAGUAGUUGGCACGAAUAUUCAAUUUGCACAACCAAACGUGCCUAUGCAAACCAAUUUACACAGUUCACUUCAUGUUGGAUUCCCGGCUAGCGCAGCUCAAGCUCCGAUUUUAAACUCACAGAUUUCAGAGCUUCAACAAAAUUCUGAUCUUCACGUGGGCCAUCCAGCAAUGUCCGGUCCACCUAUACCAGGGUCACAAUUUUAUGAUUUAUUUAACAAUUUUCCUAAAUCAUUCGCGGGGUAUUCAACAGGUCACCAACCUCAAUUACAACAACACAUUCUUCAACAACAGUUGGGACAGCUUUUUCAGCCGGAAGCCAACCCGACAACUUUCUCCCAACCUCAAAUGCACUCAUUUAAUUACGACGAACAAUCUAAUAAACAACAGCAACAACAAAUUCUUGUUGAACAAGACUAUGCUUCUGGAAGAGUAACAGCUGAUUAUAAUCUACAACCUGAACAACCUGAAGAUGUUCAAAAUUUUGCAGUUAAGCCAAAUAAUGAUUUCCGAUAUCAAAUAGAAUCAGUUGAACAGCCAGAAAAUAAUAUUGAAUAUGAAGCUGCAUCUGAAAAUACAGAACAAGUGAAUCCAAAUAACUACUUUGAUAAUGUUGAAAGUGAAGGAUCAAUUCCAAACCAGUUUUAUACAACUCUUCCAAAUCGGGAAACUGCUGAGAAAUUAGCAGCUUUAGCUGCAGCUGGCAGUGUUAAUAGUCAUUUAAUUCAACAAUUACAAAAGAAACAACAAGAAAGGGAACAACAACAGUUACAACAACAACAACAACAAGAAUAUGAAGAUGAAAGUCAACAGAAUGAUGAGCCAGUACCUAAUAAUCAUAAAGGAAAUUACCAAGUGAAUGAGCAAAUCGAUGAUGUACCUAAUCAAGCUCAAGAUCAUUACAGACAAAGACAACAAUUGAGAAAUGGAGCGCAAAAAAGAUAUCGACAGCAUUAUCGACAACAACAGAUUAAACAAGAACAGGAAGUAAUUGAUAAACAUUAUGAAAGGGAUAUGUUACAACAAAAAAAGCAAGAACAAGAAGAUAAGAGUGAAGAAGACAAAAGACCAUUAAGAAUUAUGGUUCCUGAAGUUCAAGAAAAGCCACAGUCUUUACAAACUUCCUUGAGUUCUAACAAUGAUUAUGAUUAUGAUACUAGUGAGAGUGAUACUUCCGAUGCAAAAUCGUCUAAACCUAAUGAAGAAAAUUAUGAAAAUAUAAGCUCUGAUUUUGGCUCACGUAUUAAGAAUAGAUCUAGAAAAUAGA